ACCCGUACGGCGCGGAUCCCAGACCAGUUUGUGUUGUCACACACCGGUCCGUUGACGUCGUGUCUAAAUAAACGAACCGUUUCCAAAUCAGCGCCUUGACAGACCCCCUUUACCCGUCUUGGAGAAAGGCACGGCAGAGGCGUAACGUUUUUAAAAGGUUGUGUUCAGCAGAAAGCGGGUAUGAGUUAGGGAGAUUUAAAGGAGCACAUCGAGGUUUUCUAAAAGGGAGGAUACAACAACAGAAAAGUUUGGGUUCUCGAAGGAACCGCUGGAGUACAUUGUGACCAGCGAGGCGCGACUCAAAUCCGACCUCCGAUGCAAAAAAGACAAACCCCGCGAGUCAAUGGGAUUUCACCUGACGUAUCGUGGAAUGUGGCUUUUAGCGGACGGGCUAACGUAUUACAACGACGAGCUGUUCGGGGGCAUCUCGUAUUACCUGCAUAGAGGAAGGAAAUAAUAGUCUUGGGUUCCAUGGCAUAAAGCCUGUGCUCAUAUUCAGCCGGUCCCCGGGGAGAGCUGCCGAGGAGCCCAACGGCCUGACGCCCCACUGCCAUUUUCCACAGCCUGAGGGGAACCGGGAAGCAGCCGGCAGGAGCCAUGCCCGCCCUGGCCACCGGAGCCGGCCCCGAGCCAGGUCUGUAUGAGCUGCUGGCGGCUCUGCCCUCCCAGCUGCAGCCCCAUGUCAGCCGCCCCGAGGACAACACCUUCCUCCAGGACAUGUUUGGGGAGAGAAGCCUCCGCUCGCUGGUCAAGAUCCAUGAACAGCUGCAGCUCUACGAAGAGAGCAAACCAGUUCCUGUCCUGGACAGCGCUGCCGCUCUGGCCCAUGAACUGUCUGAGGAGCUGCAGGGGAAAUCAGCCAACGGGGAAAUCAAAGAGCUUCUCCAACUACUGGCCAAACCCCACGUGAAGAGCCUCCUGUCGGUCCACGACACUAUCGCCCAGAAGAGUUACGACCCCAUACUACCUCCGCUGCCUGAUGACAUCGACGACGAUGAGGAUUCCGUGAAGAUCAUAAGACUGGUCAAAAACAAAGAACCCCUCGGGGCGACGAUACGGCGUGACGAGCACACGGGAGCCAUCGUGGUGGCCCGCAUCAUGAGAGGCGGAGCAGCUGACCGAAGCGGGCUGAUUCACGUAGGGGAUGAACUGAAGGAGGUCAAUGGAAUCCCUGUGGACGACAAGAAACCAGAGGAGAUCAUUCGCAUUCUGGCCCAGUCGCAAGGAGCCAUUACCUUUAAAGUGAUCCCCAGCGUCAAGGAGGAGGAGCCAACCAAGGAGCCAAAGGUGUUCAUGAAGGCGCUCUUUGACUACGACCCCAAGGAGGACAAAGCCAUACCAUGCAAGGAGGCCGGACUGGCCUUCAAGAGGGGCGCCAUCCUUCAGAUCAUGAGCCAGGACGAUGCCACCUGGUGGCAGGCCAAACACGAGGGGGAGGCCAAUCCCAGAGCCGGCCUGAUCCCGUCCAAGCAGUUCCAGGAGAGGAGAUUUUCAAUGCGGGGACCUGUUGCAACUCUCCCGCUCCAGAGGACCUCUAGCCGCCGAUCAUGUAAGCAUACACUGAUAGGCCCACAACCAGGACAACACACUGCAACAGCUGGGUUCAGGAGGAGCUUCCGUCUGAGCAGGAGGGACAAGAAGACCAACAAGUCCAUGUACGAGUGCAAGAAGAGCGAAAUGUACGACAUGGCCGACGUGCCCACGUACGAGGAGGUGACCCCGUACUGCAGGGCGAGCGGAGCCAAGCACAGACUGGUGGUCCUAGUGGGACCCGCAGGAGUCGGCCUGAAUGAGCUCAAGAGGAAACUGCUGAUCUCAGACCCCCAGCACUUCAGUGUGACCAUCCCACACACCAGUCGGGCCAAGAAGAACCAGGAGAGCGACGGCGUGGAGUACCACUUCAUCUCCAAACAUCUCUUUGAGACGGAUAUCCACAAUAACAAGUUCAUCGAGUACGGCGAGUACAAAGGGAACUACUACGGCACGAGUCUGGACUCGGUGCGCUCUGUCCUCUCCAAGAACAAAGUGUGCCUAUUGGAUGUCCAGCCUCAUACCAUAAAGCUCCUGCGGACGGGGGAGUUUAAGCCCUUUGUCGUGUUGGUGAAGCCCCCUGCGAUCGAGAGGCUGAGGGAGAGCAGACAGAACGGCAAAAUCAUAUCGGGCAAGGACGACAAGGGAUCCGCCAAGCCAUUCACGGAGGAGGACUUCCAGGAGAUGGUGACCGCCGCCCAGACGCUGGAGGCCCAACACAGCCACCUGUUCGAGAAGGUCAUCGUCAACGAAGACCUCUUGACGGCCUUCGGCGAGCUGCGGACAGCGCUGAGGAAAGUGGAGAUGGAGACACACUGGGUUCCGGUUAGCUGGACUCACUCCUGAGAAUCCACGUGGACUGUGCAAGGAGAAAAGGGGGGGCUUUGAAAAUAUUUCUAUGUCUGCUGGUGUUUGGGGGAAAGAAUGAGGGGGUGGGUGGAUAAGGGGAAUCAAACAAGACUGCUGCGUCGCCACACCUGAGAUGCACGGAGCUUAAAAAAAAGAAGCUUUUGCGUGACAUCGGGCUGGAUAUAGACCUCUGUUGUAGUCUGGAUGCGGACCUCCAGGUGUGACCAGAUGCGACAGGGCCCGAGGCAGAGCGGCCGUCUGGGCCUUCGAUCGAUCUGGGUCUCAGCCGUGGUAACAAAAUGUGGAGCGAGCCUGGACCGUUGCCGCACCAGCAGUCCUGCCAGCACAUCAGUAACCUCGCCAACCAGGACUCUUGUCUUUAGUGUGUUUUUAACAUUAGGCCAUUAGAAACCAAAGGGAUUGAUGUAUUUCUUUCUUGUUGGACAACAUACUCGCAUAUGUCUGUAAAAGAAUAGAAAAGGGGAGAGAAGAGAACAUAUUCGCUUUCUGUAUUUUUGUGCUUCUAUAAUGCUCCUCGUGACUGUUACUCCAAACAAAGCACCGUCAGGUACAGUUCCAAGAAAGGGCAGUAAGUGUAAUUUUAUUUAAGAGAAAUUAAUAUAUUUUCUAAUAUCUGCCUUUUAUAUGCAUAACCUGACUUCUGAUCCCGACUGUAGCCACCCUUCUGACAGCUUCUCACACCCGAGGCGUCUCGUCUUUCAGUCAAGUGUUUGGAUUUCUUUCGGAGCAGUUUUGAAAAAAGCCACCCCUUCAAAUGAAGGUGCCCAACAUAACAGCUUUGCCAUUUAAUGUCCCAGAACUGGACACAUGUUGGCGGUCUGCUAGAAGAAAAUGUUCACAAUUGUGUUUUAUUAGGGUGGAGUCUUUAUUUUUAUUCACAUAAAGAUUUAUGAUAUUUUCAGCGACCUGCUAAUAGAAGGUUCCUAGCACACAUCCAGGGGUUUAACUCAGAAAAAUAGCUGCCCCGGACUUUAUGAGCAUUAGAAGUUUAUUGCAAAUUUGAGUCUCCUAUUCUCUGUCUGACUUACUCAUUUUUUACUUAGUACUUUAUUUCCUUUUGUUUGUUACUUCUAACUGUUUUUCACAGCAGCCAGUCACUUAUCCUGGCUGUAUUAUUAUUAUUAUUAUUAUUAUUAUUAUUAUUAUUAUUAUUAUUAACAAUGUCGCAGCCCUGGUAGCUUCUCGUUUCUUUAAUAUUUUUCACUUUAAAGGAAUAGUUUGCCGCUAUAUUGAUAGUGAGACGAGCAGUUCGAUACCACUUUCAUGCUCAGAGAUCAUUGAUGGAACAAGGGGCCGGCCAUAGAUCAGAACUAUGCAGCAGCUCUAAAGUUGUGGUUUUUAUGAAGUUGUCAUUUCACUCUGAACAAUAUAUGUUUAUAAGCUAUAUGUUUAUAUCAAUUUAUAAGCUUCAAAGGAGCUGGUACACUUACCGUGGCUAGAGCCAGAGUGGUUGUCUCCCCAUGCGUUGUGUGUAUGCUAAGCUAAGCUAAUUAGUCUGGCUCCAUACUUAAUGUACAGCCAUGAGAGUGGUAUCGACUAUUUAACCAAUGGCAAAAAAAACUAAACAAUAAGCAUAUUGUCACAAUGUCAAACUAUUCCCCAAACUAUGUAUUUUGACCAUCUGGCCUUCAUACUGUGCAAAUGCAUUUCCUCUCAUACACUCGCUGUAUGUCCAGCUCAGGUUAUAUUGCCCACAUUUCUUUGUUUGUUUAUUCUACCUUUUUCAUCCACUGUAAUAUUUAAAUAUUUGAUUUCUGUCAAUUUUUUUAAAAAGGUAAUAAGAGUGUUCAGUAAUGAUAACACAUUUUAAAGGGAUUUUAACACUCCUCACUUUGCCUCGAGUCUUUUUUUUAUUUUAGUGUCACAUUAUUUUACUCAUUCACCGGUUCAUAUCUCCUUCUGCCAUCUACUUUAUCGAUCAGAAUCACAUUUGUACCGUCUCCAAAAAAAUAUUGUUAAUGUCCUGCUGUAAAUGAAAUGCUGUUGUGUGAAUUGACAUUAUUCUUGUUAACUGCUACAUUUUAUAUUAAAGA